CGGCGCGGGCGCGGAACUGAUUCAAGGUUAUGCCAUGCGUCAGAUUCUCUCCUUGUCGUCCUGCCUCCAGGUGCCUCCCCCCCAAACAAGCCUAAAGGUCAAAUACGCGACUCGACAAAGGGUUCGAGAUGCCAGACCAUAAAAUCUUCAAUGCCAUGUACAGUGGCGUCCCGGUAUACGAAAUGUGGGUUUUCUUCUUCUAUGAGCAAUUAUGUAACAAGUUUAGGAUGUGCAAGCAUGUCGCAGUAAUGAAGCGGCGGUCCGACUCGUGGCUUAACGCGACUCAGAUCCUCAAAGUGGCUGGUUUCGAUAAGGCUGACAGAACACACAUACUUGAGUGCGAAAUCGACAAGGGGGAGUAUGAGAAUGUGGAAGAUGGUUACGGCAAAUAUCAAGGAAUUUGGAUUCCAUUCGACAGAGGUGUUGCCUUGUGCAGGCAAUAUGACUGCGAAUCGAUUCUACGUCCCCUUCUCGACUUUCUGCCAGCCAUUACACGUCGAGAUAAUGAAUCAGGGACCACUAAAGCACCAUCCAGCGCCCGUCCAAACCACACAGACGACUCAUUGCGUCAUGACCCCAAUGGCAUCGAGUUUCUAGAUGAAUUUCAGAACCUAAGCUUUUCAGCUAUUGACUUGGAUUCUGGUAUUCCUGUGUAUGAGAUGAUGUGCAAGGGCGUCGCAGUGAUGAAGCGACGGUCCGACUCGUGGCUUAACGCGACCCAGAUUCUCAAAGUAGCUGGCUUUGACAAACCACAACGGACACGAGUUCUUGAGCGCGAGGUUCAAAAGGGAGAGCACGAGAAGGUACAAGGUGGUUAUGGGAAAUAUCAAGGAACUUGGAUUCCACUCGACAGAGGCCUUGCAUUGUGCCGACAAUACAGUUGUGAAUCGAUUUUGCGCCCUAUCAUCGACUUUCAGCCAGCCGCUAAAAGUCCCCCUCUGGCUCCAAAACAUCUAGUCACAGCUAGUUCUUCGCGUCCUUCACGCAGAGCAGGAAGUGAUGCUGCUGUUGGUACACGCUCAUCUCGACGACGCAACCCUCACGCCAAUGCUGAGUCAGAUCAAGAGACAAUGUCGGCUCGCGGUUCAGACAAUGAAUCAAUGACCCCUUCUCCAUCUGAGGUCUCGUCAAGCUCCCGUACCCCUUCUCCAAUCCGCGCAGAUGACACAUCGCGCCGUGGCCAUCACGGGAUUGAGUUUGCAGACGAAUAUCAGGCGAAUGACCCUCGCGCCUAUGCUGAUCAACUACUCGAAUUUUUCAUCUCAGACUCCAACACUAUCCCCGAAUUCGUCAGUGACCGUGCCUCCGACUUUGAUGCGAACAUGGCUAUUGAUGAUGACGGACACACUGCCCUGCAUUGGGCUUGUGCUAUGGGUCGCAUUCGUAUCGUCAAACUACUCCUCUCCGCCAACGCCGAUAUAUUCCGUGUUAAUAGCGCUGGACAGACUUGCCUAAUGCGGAGCGUCAUGUUUGCCAACAACUACGAUGUGCGCAAAUUUCCCGAAUUGUACGAAUUACUGCACCGAUCCACCCUCAACAUCGACAACUACAAUCGCACCGUAUUUCAUCACAUUGUUGAUGUCGCUAUGUCUAAAGGCAAGACCCAUGCAGCUCGGUAUUAUAUGGAAACUGUUCUGGAACGGCUCCGCGAAUACCCGAAAGAGCUUGCAGACGUGAUAAAUUUCCAGGACGAGGAUGGAGAGACCGCUCUGACUAUGGCUGCACGUUGUAGAAGCAAGCGCUUGGUGAAACUUCUCAUCGACCAUGGCGCGGAUCCAAAAAUUGUCAACAACGACGGUAAAAGUACUGAAGACUAUAUUCUUGAAGACGAGCGGUUCAGAGCGUCGCCGGUGCCUGGAAUUCCACACCGUGGCGGCGGCGGCGUCAACGGACUACCCAACUACGUAUUUGGUUCGUCUCACGCAGAGCGCCCACCAUUGAACCAUUCAGUUGUCGGACAACGAGCGAGCACUCGUUGCGUCAAUGACAUGACAAGUAUGCUUGAUAGCUUAGCUGCGUCUUUUGAUCAAGAAUUACGAGACAAGGAACGCGACGCUUCUCAAGCCCAUGCUCUCUUGGGCAACAUCCAGGCCGAGAUCUUAGAAAGCCAGCGCACGGUUACACACCUUCGUGGACAAGCAGAGAGACUACCCCAAGCACAGGCACAUUUAAAAGAGUUGGAAAAUGCCUUGCGAGCCAAGAUGGAUCGUCGAUACCGGUUGGGCUGGGAGCGAUGGGUAAACGACGAGGUGGUCCGCGAGAAAACUAUCCGGGCUGCUGCAAAUGGCCAACUUGUGCCUCCGGGAUUACCCGAUAAUAACGCGAUGGACACAGACGAUGAGGCUUCAAGACUGAAACGGAAGUUCGCACAAACUGAAGAUAUUUCUGAUCUUAUUGCCUUGCACUCCAACAUACCCCCGAAUCCAGAAUCCUUACGACAAGCUUGCCAUGAUUUGCGACUGGAGAUUGAACAAUUCAGAAAACGGAGAAAAACUACAUUCGAUGAGCUAGUGACAUUCCAGGCAGAGACGGGGACAAGCGGGCGAAUGGGAGACUAUAGAAAGCUCAUUGGCGCUGCUUGUGGGGGAGUACCUCCUGGAGAGGUUGACCAUGUUCUGGGAAUGUUGCUUGAGACAUUGGAAUCUGAGGAACCAAGCGCGUCUUCUGCAGCUUGGGGCAAGGCCGGAUAA